AGGGAUAGAGAGAAAAGAGAACAGUUUUGAGAAUAUAUAAGAGAAAAGAUAGAAAUUGAAAUUGAAUGGCCAAUGAGAUAACAAGAAAAAAGAGUUAUUUGGCUAUUGAGGUUUGAUAUCAUACAAAUUAAGGGGCUAGAAAAUGUUUGUCGUGUAAAACCAACAAAAGUGACUGCCCAUCCACAGGCCUAAACCAACCCCUCUCCUCACAUCAUACACAAACACACACAUGUUUUCUUAUUCAUUUUCUUGGCUUUCUCUUAUAUAAUCUUCUUCUCCACUCCUCUCUCUCUAUCUACUCUAAUUCCACGUUCAAUAGCUUCCUCUUUUAUAUAUCCCACUUCGGCUACAGCUAGCCGCCGUGGCGGCGGCCUCCACGAAAAUCUCUCUCUUUCUCUCUUUUUGGCUUUUUCCAUGGAGGAUUCUGGUCCUGGUUGCUCUGAUGAUUCAAAAACUUGUCCAAGAGGACACUGGAGGCCCGCGGAAGACGAAAAGCUCCGGCAACUUGUCGAACAAUAUGGUGCACAGAAUUGGAAUUCAAUUGCAGAGAAGCUCCAAGGAAGAUCAGGGAAGAGUUGCAGAUUGAGGUGGUUUAAUCAACUUGACCCAAGAAUCAACCGAAGGCCAUUUACGGAAGAAGAAGAAGAAAGACUUCUCGCUGCUCACCGCAUUCACGGAAACAAAUGGGCACUAAUAGCAAGACUAUUUCCCGGUCGAACCGAUAAUGCCGUGAAGAAUCACUGGCAUGUUAUAAUGGCAAGGAAGCAAAGAGAGCAAUCCAAGCUAUGUGGGAACAAAAGAAGCUACCAGGAUCUUUGCAACAACAAUUCCGAACCAUCCAGCAUCAAUUUUCUUACAAGAAAAGCAGCAGCACAAGGAGAAUUUAAGUUAGGAAACGGGUUGGUUGAGAAUGCUAAGUUAUUUCAGAUUAAUCACAACCCCAAUAAAGAUAGGAAAUUAGCAUCCAUGGAUAAUAAUAAUAAUUCAAGCCCGAGUUCUUCUCCUUCUUGGAACUUUUUCUCAUUGGGAGCAUCAUCAAACAGGCUGUCAAGUGCUUCAAGUUUAUCAAUGAGAAGAGAAGGAAGGGAUUGUUUUAAGUCUAGUACUACUACUACUACUACUUCAGCUAAUUAUUACAUCUCAUCAGAAAUCUCCAAAGGUAUUAUAAAUUCAGACCAACAUUUGCUUUACAAAAUUAAUCCCACUAGUACUAGCAGUAGUUCUUUGUGGUACGGUUCGUUUGGGCUUCAAAGCUACAAGAGGGUUGUUCCUAGUAGUCCUUUUGAGUGUUUUAAUCUUAAUCAUGAUCGUCAUCAUCAUCAUCAUCAUCACUAUGAACACCAUGGAAGGAGCAAGAGAGAGUUAACAAAGUCAUUAUUGCAAGAGAAAGAAGAUCAAGAAUCCAAUAUUGAUCAAAAUAAACAAGUUCCCUUCAUAGAUUUUCUUGGUGUGGGAAUCUCCUCUUGAUCAAUCCCAAAGUAUUCCCCAUUUUUAUUUAAUUUUUGUCUUUUUUUUUUCUUUAAUUUGGAAUAUUAUAUAGUGUUAGGUUCUCACUUUCUUGGUUAUAUAUAUAUAUAUAUAUAUAUCUAUAUACAUGCAAAUGCUUAAUAAUUAGGAAUAUUAGCAGCCAAAUCUUGUAUCUCACUUAGCUGCUGCUUCAAUAUUAACGUAGAAACGUGAA